GCACUCGAUGUGCUCUAUUCUUCGGCCGUAUCGUCCUUUCCUUUCUCAGCUCUCUCUCUCUCGGCCUUACUUCCCUCGGACACAUCGGCUCUCAACAGGCUGAUAGGAUUAAGCAAGACUAAUUUUUGAUACCCAGAUUCGCUUGUUUACUUUGUCCUUCUCGAUACGCUACGCACGAUUGCUACAUGCAGUUCAGUUAUUACGUGAUAUUUAUCGUAGCGCCGCUGACGCGCCAGUUCCCGACUCCACCGGCUCUUUCAACAUUUCCUGUUUUCCUGCCAGUUGGUUGUGAACUAGGGUUCGACGUUGUCGAAUUUGACCUUGCUUGCCUGCAUCAUGGGUCGAGUUCGCUAUGCCGGAACCAUUUUCAACGUCGAUUGUUUUCUGUAUACCCCAGUUUCAUUCUACCGCUGCUGCUCGGUCUCUCAGUUUCCCACGGGAGGACUUACUUUUCCACGCACGAUUUGGGUAGAGAACGGCACGUUUGUUGCAGACAAAACCCUCCUCCACUAUCGU